GUCAUUGUUGCAAAACAAAGUAUGUUGAAGAGAAAAUAACUUGCAUUCGUGUGUUCAGCUGGUGAAAACAGUUGUUGCUAUGGAUGAUGAGAGCCGACAAUUGUUGGAGGAUUGUUUCCUCCGGCCAAUCGCAAAUGCCCGUUCGACGAAUGAGCCAAAAGCAAGUGAACCGAUGAAGCCUUCCGUGAAAUCAGAAUUGCAGGUGGUGCGUUUGUCCGAGGGAUCAAAGUUGGAAAUUAUGGACACGCUUCGCUUUAUCCGUGGUCAAACGUUUCAACUGGGCCAAAAAUCAAAGUACAAAGAGAUGGGCACACGGCUAACCAAAGGAUAUUGGGAAGAACGUGGUAAUCUAGUUGUGCAAAGUGUAAGAGAGUUGCGUAUAGAAAAAACCGGCUGUCACAUUACGGAUCGAUCAAAAAUACAAAAUUUAUCGAAAUUGGAAAGUUAUGGAUUCGAUAUAAAUCACUGUGUUGAAGCACUAGAGCAUUGUAAUGGUGAUACUGAAGCGGCGCUUGAAUUAUUGUAUCGUCAAUAUUUCCCAUCGAUUUUCAAUAGGACCGAUAAACCGCGACCGGAUGUCAGUGAAAAUGAAGUGAAUGAAUUGCGCACAGACGAAAUGGAUGCCAUGAAAUCCAUCUACGAUGAGGGUGUGAUUGAAGAAAAAGAACGCAACAAAGACUGGCUGCUUAGAUUCAAAGUUAAUCACUUGCUCAUUUACUCCGAAUCGGAACAAAAGAAACGCGCUUUGCUUGAACAGGAGCAAGAAAAGAAGAAGAGAUACGGCGGCCCGAAGAAAACAAUCGAACGGUGUAGAAAUUUUCUGGCAAAUGGCAAAUGUAAAUAUGGAAAUCGAUGUCGAUUUUCACAUGAACUUGAACCAAAUAAAACAUCUGCCGAUCCAAAUUUAGACACGAAUUGGUUCUUUUUGGAAUUUCGAUUUCCCAAGAGCAAUCUGUAUCCGUAUGAAACGCCAUUCAUCGCUGUGAAAACAGUGUGUCCGGACAUAUCAAAAGUGCUGUGUUUACGAAUAACUCGCCGCUGUUUAGAAGAAGCUCAACUUUUGGCAGCCGACGCAAUGCCCAGUUUUUUUACAAUUGCCGAUUUACUACAAAAUGAAGCGGAUAUUAUGGACUUUUUGAAAAACGAUCGAUACAUAUUCCCCGAUCCGAAAAAAUCGGUGUUGCAUGUUGGCGACGAAAAUGUAAAUGAAGUUGAAGAAAUCAAGCCACGACCAUCACACUACAAAAAGGGUUCAACUGGACGAUCAGAAUUUAUGCAAUUGAAUGGCAAUCAAAUGAUUCGAGACGAUUUGAGUUUAUGUUCACUUUUAUCAAAACGCCAAUCGAACGAAAGCUACAAACAAAUGUUGGAAUCACGAAAAAAUCUGCCCGCCUGGCAAAUGUCGGAGAAAAUUCUAAAUGCGAUCGCAUCGUCACAGGUGACGGUAAUUUCGGGUGAAACAGGCUGUGGCAAGAGUACCCAAACUCCACAAUUUAUUUUGGAUGAUUAUUUUGCGCAGCUUCAAAGUGCUUCGAAAAAUAAAAAAUCAGUAAAUGAUGCAGUAAAUAUAAUUUGUACGCAACCGAGACGAUUGUCAGCGAUAGGUGUUGCAGAGCGUGUGGCAGCCGAACGAUGCGAGAAAAUUGGGAAUAUUGUUGGCUAUUCCAUUCGUUUAGAAAACAAAAUAUCGAGAGCGACUCGUUUAACAUUUUGCACAACCGGGAUUUUAUUGCGUCGUUUACAGAGCGACCCAACGCUAUCCACUGUCACGCACAUCAUCAUCGACGAAGUGCACGAACGAAGCGAAGAAUCCGAUUUUCUUUUGGCCAUUUUGAAAGAUCUGUUGAAGGUGCGUAAAAAUUUACGCGUUAUUCUGAUGUCGGCUACAUUGAAUGCAUCACUUUUCUCCAAUUAUUUUCGUGGUGCGCCAGUUCUUGACAUUCCCGGCCGCACUUUCCCCGUUGAACAACUAUUUUUGGAAGAUAUUUUGGAUCGAACUGGUUAUGUGAUUGAGCCAGACUCACAGUUUUGUCGAAAAUUGAACAAGAAUGAUGAAAAAGAACUGAUUGAUGAGUUGGAAUAUGCGGAUGUGCUGGCAUCAAAUGCUGAACCGCCAAAAACGAUUCGUGACGAAAACUUGUGCAUAUCUGAUGUGUAUGCUCGAUACAGAGGUUAUUCGCGAGCCGUGUGCAAAUCGUUGUUCCUGAUGGAUCCAAUGAAAAUUAAUCCCGAAUUAAUCGAGGCAAUUUUAAGGUAUAUUAUCGAUGUUGAUGUAUCGAAAUGGUCAGAUGAAGGUUCGAUUCUAAUAUUUUUGCCCGGCUUUGCUGAAAUUCAGCUGGUUCACGAUGCACUCAACGAUAGUUCCGUCUUCAGUCCACGCGCUGGAAAAUUUAUCAUCGUACCGGAAUUUGUAUACAUUUAUUCACGGGUCAUCGAUUCUACAAUCAUUUCUUAGCCCAACCGAUACCAGAGAUAAAGCGUGUGCCACUUGAACAAUUGCUGUUGAGAAUAAAAACACUUCCCAAUUUUGCCGAACUUCGGAUUGAACAGGUGAUUGGCAACAUUAUGGAGCCACCGAGUGAAGAAUCAGUUCUAUCGGCGAUAAAACGUUUGGAAGACGUCGGUGCUUUCGAUGGCAAUGACGAAUUGACGGCUUUAGGAGAGAUUCUGGCCACAUUACCAGUCGACGUUCGUAUUGGAAAACUGAUGCUGUUCGGAGCCAUUUUUCAGAGUGUGGACAGUGUACUUACGAUUGCUGCAUGUUUGAGCUACAAAUCACCAUUUGUAUCGCCAUUUAACAAACGAAACGAGGCUGAUAAACGAAAGAAAAGUUUUGCCAUUUGCAACAGUGACCAUUUGACCAUUCUCAGGGCGUACAAGAGAUGGUUGGAGGUAAACAACAAAAGCAAAUGGGCGGGUCGAAAUUAUGCUGACGAAAACUAUUUAUCUUUCAAAACACUUGAAACGAUUGUCGAAAUCAAACAUCAAUAUUUGGAAUUGCUGGUUGCUUCCGGGUUUGUUCCGGCCGAUUUAAGCACACGCCGAAGAAAUUUCCAACAAAGAGAUAACAUUUUGGAAUUGAGUGGAUUUGAUAUGAACACAAAUGGAGAAAACUAUCGAUUGUUAGGCGCUUUGUUGUGUGCAGCACUCUAUCCUAAUGUGGUGAAAGUUUUUACUCCAGAGAAAAAUUUUACGAUGACCGCAGGUGGAGCAGUACCGCGUCAGCCUUUGGCUAGUGAAUUGAAAUUUAAAACAAGCCAAGAUGGUUAUGUAAAUAUUCAUCCGGCUUCGGUGAAUUCCGUAGUGGGACAUUUCCCAUCACCAUUUUUAGUUUAUCAGGAGAAAGUGAAAACAUCGAGAAUCUACAUUCGGGAUUGUACUAUGGUCGCUCUAUUGCCACUCGUUCUGUUUUCUGGGCGCAACAUUCGCAUUCAAAUGCACGGCGGCGAAUUCAUCAUUAUCAUUGACGAUUGGAUCAUCAUGCAAGCGGAAUCAAUUGAGGUCGCUGAAAUGAUGAAAUAUUUGCGCGAAGAGCUACUGGCAUUGCUUGAAGAAAAAAUACGCGAUCCAUGUUUAAAUCUAUUGCAUCAUGAGAAUGGCAAUCGAAUAAUAAAAACAAUCAUCAAUCUUAUUUCAAAGGAUUAACAAAUGCUUCCAUUAGAAUAAGAUGCGUUGAAGAGAAAUUAUUUAUUUUCUGUAAAAUAAACGAUUGAUAUGUUUUGCUCUGUUUUUGUAAAUUUCGAAAAUUGAACGUUUCGUUUUUUUAUUCACUCAAUUUUGCUUGGCAUAUUUCUGUGCACGGAUAGCGUGGAACGUGAUUCUGAGCGUUUGUUCCGAAGAGCGGUGGUGACGAACGAAUGUUCUGAGCCUUGUUAUGGUACCAGUUCACAUUGUUUCGGUCGCAUAGAUCUUAUUUUACCGAACAACAGAAUAGAAUAAGGUGCACAAGAAACAAUCAAACAAAAUAAAUGUAGAUCAGUCUUCGUUUAGAUAGAGUAGUCGGCUGAUAGAACAUGAACCGCCGAAAUUAGGGAUAAUAUUUUGAUGCAGGACAUUUCCUAAACAAAGGAUACAUUGACACUAGAAAACAAGUCCUGUCAAAAAUAAAUCGCACACAAGUUGCUCAGAGCAUAAGUAAUGCACGCAUGUACACACAAGCAGGCUUACACGCAAAAAUAAUAAACCCGAAAUAAAUAAAUGUGUUAUUCUCUAAAUCAAUAAA